AGGAGGAGGAGGAGGAGGAGGAGAGGGGAAUAUUUAAUGUUGUGCAACAUGUAUGAAUAAUCGCAUGUCCUUUAUUUUAUUCUAUUUUUUUUUGAAUUGAAUUGAGCCUAUUUUCUUUCUUUUUGAAUAUGGAAUCCUUUCUUUCUACAUUGCCACCUUAUGUUCAUGAAUACUUGGAUAAAUAUCCACCUACAGAUGUUUUUAAUUUGUUAAAAGAACUUGUAUGUUUUGCGGUUUUAUAUACAGAGAACCGUGAAAGGCUUCAGCAGUCGACAGUUGAAUUCUUAAAAGAGAGAAGAGAACAGACAAAGCAAAAAGUAAAUAAAGCGCCUGAUGAAAUGAUGACAAUAAAAGAAAAUAAUACUUCAACAAUUGAGAGUAAUCAAAAGGUUGAAUCUAGUAAUUAUAAUAAUGACCAACAACAAAUGGAUCAGAAAAAGACAUCUACCAUGCCUUAUACUUUCCCUGAAUGGUGGGGUCAUCAUGAAGCAGAGUUACCAGUGAAAUCUCAUAAAAAGAAAGAAGUCAUAAAGCUACAAAAUCCGAUAUGGUUACCUUACAACAACGACGUAUCAAAGACAAAUCAAAAUACGUAUCGAAUGGAAAGAGCAAGAAGUCAGAUUAUACCCGAUUUAAGGUCUUAUCUUAAUCAUCCUCCUAUUGAACCAACUCCUACACAUAAAAAACGACAUUCUAUGCUAAACAUAACUACAGUAACAAGACCUACCUUGCCCUUUGAUAGUGAUACUAAAAAACACAUAGCUGCACAAGUUAACCAUACAAUAGGAAGUAAAGAGAAUAAGACUACUACCCAUCCUGCUUCAGGUAUAAUAUCUAUUCCUUCUUUCUUUAAAGAGGAAAAACAACAAUCCAUAUACACAAUGUAUUAUAAAAAAAAAGAAAAAAAAAAGUAACAUUGGUAUUAUUAUCCAGUUAUAACAGAUGAUAAACCACCAAGACGUUCUGCAUCAGUCAUGUUGAAGCAACCUCGUGAAAAUGCAGCUGUGAGAGCAAGAGCAGAGCAUGCAAGACUUCUUCAACAACAACAAGAACAGUUGAAGGAAAAGAAAUCGACAGCUGUGAUGACUUCACCUGCAACAUUAAGAUUAAAACAAAGAGCUAACUCUGGUGUUGAUUGGGGAUCGAUUAAACAUGAAAGAAGAAAGACGACGAGUAUAGUGAACGAAAUCCAAAAAGAAGAAAAAAAAACAAAUAAAAUAAAAUAAAGUAAAAUGAAUAAACGUCAGUAUCUUUAAUACUACACCACUUGUACCUAUUCUC